CCACAAGGGCUCGACUGGGAACGCCGUCGCGUCAGGUCCAUGACUUCCGGCGGAAGAAUAAGCCGGUUCCGGGUUUUGGUCGACUGCAGGCGAGAUGUGAUAAGGACUCUCUGAAAGUUUGCUGAUUUGAGAAGGCCCACUUCUUGUUCAAUGGAUGAUGGCAUUUGAGCAGAUCCCAAAAAAGGAUUGGUACAGCAUUCUGGGGGCAGACCCAUCUGCCAGUGUGUCAGACCUAAAACAAAAGUAUCAAAAACUCAUAUUAAUGUAUCAUCCAGAUAAACAAAGUGCAGAUGUGCCAGCAGGAACAGUGGAGCAAUGUAUACAGAAGUUCAUCGAAAUUGAUCAGGCAUGGAAAAUUCUAGGGAAUGAAGAGACAAAAAAGGAGUAUGACCUGCAGCGGCAUGAAGAUGAUCUAAGAAAUGUGGGACCAGUAGAUGCUCAAGUAUAUCUUGAAGAAAUGUGUUGGAACGAAGAUGAUAACUCUUUUUCUCUGAGUUGCCGAUGUGGUGGAAAAUACAGGGUUUGCAAGGAUGAAGCAGAAGAAGUUACCCUGAUUUCUUGUGAUACAUGUUCUUUAAUUAUAGAACUCCUUCAUUAUGGCUGAAAUUGUUCACUAAAUGAUCCUUUAACUCUGUAUUCAGACAUGUUGAAGAGAGCCCAUUCAAGUAAAUGUAUAAAGCUGAUAAAAAGAAGUAGGAUUCUUUUUUUUGGUCAGCUUUUAUUUGCAGAGAAAGUAUAAGACUGUCAAGCAAGGGCUAUCCCAGAUUAACAGAAAAUUCAUUUAAUUAUUUAUAUGUAUUUAUACUUUCUAUUUAUAGAUUUCCCCCCCCCCCCCAAAAGACUUGAAUUAUUAAGUUCUAUUUUGUGAAUUCCUAUCUGAGAACUUUGUUAUUUGGUCCAUUUUCUCCUUGGUGUAAAAUAAGAAUUUUCCUUUUCUUUAAGUAUGUCUCUUCUUAUAAUGGGUCACAGUAUUAUAAUGUUCCUUUAUAGUUACUGGGUUUCUGAAGUAAACAUGACAUUUCUAGCUGCUAAAGUUACAGGCCUACAGUACAAGUAUCUGAAAGUCUCAAGUCAUUAAGAUUAAACUGUAAUCUUUGUAAAUAACAUGUGAGCCUAGUACUCCCAUAAUGAGGGCUGGAUAUGGAUAUUCAUGAAGUUAUUUCAAAGUUGAUAAAGAAGGUGAAAUGACAACUUUAGAAAAGAGAGCUUUUGGAGUAAAGACUUGACUCCAGUCCUGGCAACUCUAUUUCCAGAUUCUUCAUGUGGCUACAUUAAAGGGAAUAAAGUUUAAACAAUGCCAUCUUCAACUUUAAAUGUAACUUAGGAAUGGUAGCUCUAAAAAAUAAUAAUAAUCUGAAACUGUCACAUUACUUCCUUUUUUAUUUCAAAGUACUAAGUAUUAAUUCCUGUAUUUAAGAAUAAGGAAUCAUUGCAUUGCUGGUAUGAACAAAUGGAUUUUUAUAAUGUUAUUAUUGAUUAUAAUGGAUUUUAUUUUUCUCUGUAUUUGAUACUCUAUAUACAGUAUAAGUCAGGAAUCAUUUUAAAAGAUUGAGGUAUCCUUUAUGGGAUCACUGGAACUGUAAUUUCAAAAGAGUGAACCAAGUAUGUGACUUAGCAGGUUUUUAUUGGUUGAAUUCAUGGUAUUACUGGUUUGGACUUGAAAGACUAGUUAUUACUCUGAUGUGUAAAUGUAGCAAAAGUAUGAGGCACAGUCAAGAAAAGAUUACUUUUAUUAUAACUAUUAAACCAAAAAUUCAGAAGUGAGGUGGUCAUCCAGGUUUUUUCCCCUAAAAAUAUUUUUAUAUCUAUCAUAAACGUUAGAUUUCUUUUCUUGGAUUACAUUUCUAUCCAUAUAUUUGGAACUAAUAGCACUUACAAUAUGUAUUGUUUAUUCUUCUUUUAUUCUUCCAUAUAACAAUUACAAAUGACUAAAACUAAGUAGCAAAUAGUUUAUUAGUUAAGUACAUGGAUUCAGGGGCAAUAAUAAAUUCACUUGGAGAGAAUAAUCAAAAGAAUAAAUGCUUGCUAAUCGUCAGAAAAUCUGUGGCCAUUAGGGCUGUCACGGAGAAAUCCAAAAUCACUCAGAGGCCAAAUCUGUAAAAUUGAAAUGUGAUUGAAGACAGUUAAUGAAAGUGUUACAUCAUCAUCAUUCCUUUUAUUCAUCCCUUUUCUCUGUGCAAUGUAAUUAAACACUUUCUCCUUAUUUUUAGUCAAGAACAAAUUUUCUAUACAAAAUGAGACUUUACAAAGUAAAUUUGUAUGUGUAUAUGUAUUUAAACUCUAAACUUUGGAACACUGAUAUGUUAUAUAAGAAUUUAUAUGUUAUGUGGUAUAUGAAUGUAUUAUGUGUGUCUGUGGGUUUUUUUUUAACUACCCUCAAAGUUAAACCCAAGGAUUUAAGUAUAACCUCUGCGUAAGUAAAGAAUCCUGCAGAUUAUCCAAUAGCAUUCAUGUGUUUUUCUUCUUACUGCUGUGUUAAAAAAGAGGAGCCAGUGAAAAUAAUCAUCUUUCCUAAGAGUCCUACAUUUAUUAUAACCAUGUACAUAACUGGGAUAUCCCCACUUAGCAGUGUAGUUUGACUACACUGCUCUUCUGCAAAUGCAUACUUAUGUCCAAGAUAGAAUAUAGUUGUACAAGUUGUAUGAGAAAGAAUUACAUUCUGGAGAUAUAAAUUAAAGGCUUCUUAUAGCUAAGGUUAUUUGAACUUUAUUAUUCAAACAAUUACUCUUAAUUACCUGUCUCAGUAGGGAAAAAGGUAAUGUUAAUAGCUACGAAGGCCAGCAUGUUCAUAAAAUGUAGCUGCUGUAACAGUUAAGUCCAUUGACAGCCUGAAUAUUUCAAAGCUCAUUUUGAAAGAAAAUAUAUUUCUUCCAGCUCAGAGAAGAAAACCUACAUUUUAACCAGAAAAUAAUACCUUAAAAAAGAUUCGUCCUCUUAUUAGUCCAUAUGGAAUAGGUCCAUAAUAUCUGGAAUCUGUAGAAUUCUGUAGAUUAUCACCUUCUAACCAAACAUGACCUGUUGGCACCUAGAUUUAGAGAAGAAAACAGCCCAUUUAAAAAAACAAACAAAAAACUAAAUAUGGUAAUAGGGAGAAAUGUCUUAAAGUUCUUGUUUAUAAAACACACACCCUAUGAUUUGUAUUUUUGCUUUUAUUUCUUGCACAAUAAAAUAUCUUUUAUUAAAUACCA